AUGCAAGAUAAUAGAGGUGGUGUGAUCACUAUAAACGGUGGUAACAUGGCAGAAUAUUUUAUGAAGAAGAGUCAGCAGUUCACCUCCACGAUAAAGAAAGAACAAGAAGAAAUCGAAUCAGAAAGCGAACUAACGAAAUAUGUUGGAUUUGGAUUUUCCUCGCAGGUUCAGAGGGAAACGAAGUCUGUUGAAGAGGAAGAAGAUGCGAAAGGAGUAGGAAAGAAGGUGGAAACUAAAAAGAGCCAACGACAUAAAGAAGAUUCUCCUAGCAAUUAUGCUUUUGAAAAUCCUUGUAUACAAUUAGAUAGUCCAGAAAUUGUUUCUAAUUCUAGUAAAUGUAAAUCGUAUAAAAGAAAGUCUUUAGAUGAUAUUAAACCAAGUCCAAGCAAGAAAGUUAAGAAGUUUAAGAGCGAUGAAAGCGUAAGUGAGAGUGAAUAUGGGAUUGUAAACGCUGCUAUGGAUUUAGAUGUAGAUAAUGAACCAGUAAAUGAAACUUUUAAUGGAAAAGAGUUUGAAGUGCCUAGGGUACAAUUUGGUUUAACAAAUACUGGCUUAGAUUUGAGCGAUGAGACAAAUGUUAAAAAGAGGAGAGUAACUUUCAAUGACCAUGUGGAAUAUAGUACUGAUCCUAUCAACAAGAAAAAGAAACUUAUCACAUUGGACAAAUUCGAGGUCGAGAACACAAAGAGGAAGAAGAAGAAAUCAAAGGAUAAGAAAAAGGAUCAUCAUGUAGUCAAUGAUAAUUCGAUUUCGUCGGGUUUUGUGAACGAAGCCUUAGAGUUGGUAGAACCCACAGAAGUUAACGAUAAUGAGAUGGUGAAUAAGAAAAAGAAGAAGUCAAAGGAUAAAAAGAAACCUAAACCAGAUGAUGAUUAUACAUCGUCUGGUUUUGUAAACGAAGCUUUGGAUUUAGCUUCGCUAGAAAAAUCUGUGGAAGUGAAUGAUAACGAAAUUAACGAGAUCAGUGAAGUCAGAUGUGAUAAUGUGAGAAAAAAGAGAAGUCGCAGAUCGAAUUUGGAAACAAUUAUAGAAAUUCCAGAGGAAGAUGGAUUAGAUGUGACUAAAAGAUCUAAAGUUGAAGAUGAUAUAACUGAAAUUGACAACAGCGUGGUCGCUGUUGAUAGUAAUCAGUUGCAAGACGAUGGAGCUAAGAAAAAAGACAAGAAAAAGAAGUGCAAAGGAAAUAUUGAAGAAGAGCAUAAAAAGGUAACAACAAUAGAAGAGAAAAAAAUAAUUUUAGAAUCAGGUAACGUAAGAUUGGAAGAAGAAGAUGAACAAAGUAUAAAUGAAGAAAAAAGGAUAAUGGAUAUUUUACAAGAGAAGAAGAUGAGGAAAAAUAAGAGCAGUGAUCAACUUGAAGAGGAAGUCCAAAAUGAUACAGAAGCCGUAAAGCUCAAGAAGAAGAAGAAGAAAGAAAAUCAAGAUAAAAGUAUUGAUCAAAAUUCAGAAAUUAAUCCAGAAACUGAUGGAAACAAAGAAAAUGAUGUUCAUGAAGAAUUUACCGAGACCGAGUUGAAAAAGAAGAAAAAGAAGAAGAAGAAAGAUAAAGACGAGAAUAAUCUUAACGUAAGUAAGACAAAUGAUUUGAAUAAAUUAGAGGAGGGAACAGAAAUUAAGAAAGGUACUCCUAAUAAAGAAAGUCGAAAAGAAAACAGUUCGAAGGAAACUGAAUUAACAAUCGAACCAAAGGAGAAUAGCUCAGAAAUUCAGUAUUCACAGGACAAUAAUAUCGAUGCAACACAGAAUACUGAAUUUCGAAAUAAUAAAAAUAGAAGAUUUUCAAGUAGUAACAGGAGGUCUUCUACGAGGAAUAAUUCUAAUAAUGAUAAUUCAAGUAGUCCUCGGAACCAAAGAUCGAGGAUGUCGAAAAAAUUGUUAGUGUCAUUGUUUAAUAAGAGUUCAGUGCACAAUUUUCCGGGAUCUAAUAUGGACGAAAUAAAAGGAUACGGUGUACAAUAA